GGAAGAUGCAACUGAACUUUACUCUUCUCUUGACUCCAAAAGUCGUCUUGAAUUAUUGAGUGCGCUUCUUUCCUAUGAUCCUUCCAGCUCUAAUCUAACCACAUAAGAAAUUUAAAGAAGUAGAUGCUUUAAUGAAUCAAUGCUCAUCAAGCACCUACCAUCACUUUCCCUUCAUUAAAUCAUAAGUUUUAAGCUCAAUAUUCUACUUAGACCCGCAACAACCCUGUGAUGGCAGAUGGUGUGGUUUCCUUCCUUCUAGAAAACUUGUCCCAGCUGCUGGCAACUGAAGCCAAGCUACUAUGUGGCUUGGAAGGUAGAAUCAGAUCCCUCCACAGUGAGCUUGAAAUUAUAAACGUGCUCCUCAAAAGCUUCGAAGGGAAGAGGAACAAGAAAGAAAUGGAGCAAGUAGUUGCCAACCAAAUCAGAGAUGCUGCUCAGGAAGCUGAGGAUGUCAUCGACACCUUCGUUGCCAACGUGGCCAUGCACAAGAGGAGAUCCAAGCUAGGGAGAAUGUUCCAUGGUGUUUCCCACACAAAGCUGCUUCAUGAUGUUGCUGAGAAAAUAGAAACCAUAAAAGCCACUCUUAGUGAUAUACGUGAGAACAAGAUCAAGUAUGAUGUCUUCCAACAAGAAAGUGAAUCAUCGUCGACAAGAGAAGAUGAGGAGAGGAUUCAGUUGCUGCACAAGAGGAGAAGAGAUGUGGAGGAACAUGAUGUAGUUGGUUUCGUCCGGGAAUCCAAGACAGUUAUCCAGCUCCUUAGUGAAGAGGGAUCAAGGAGCAAUGUUGUCUCCAUCAUUGGUAUGGGUGGGUUGGGCAAAACCACCCUUGCUCGAAAGGUCUAUAACAGCGAUGAGGUGAAGGCAUAUUUCAAUUGUCGUGCAUGGGUUUAUGUUUCAAAUGAUUGUAGAGUUAAGGAUCUUCUACUUGGCAUUCUCAACUGUUUGAUGCCUAACCCCGAAUAUGAGUGUAGUAGCAAAAAGAAGGGAAAAAAGAAAAAGAGCAAAGAGAAACCAAGAGACCUUAAUACUUUAAGCGAGGAUGAACUGAAGCAAAUAGUGCUGGACUGCUUGAAGAAGAAGAGGUAUCUACUAGUCCUUGAUGACUUGUGGAAAGUUCAAGAUUGGGAUGAGGUACAAGAUGCUUUUCCAAAGGAUAAUAAUGGUAGUAAAAUACUAAUUACGAGUCGUUUGAAAGAGGUGGCUAUCCACACUAGUCAAGAUCCUCCUUUCUAUCUUCAAUUACUUACUGAUGAAGAAAGUUGGGAACUCUUCUCCAAGAGAGUUUUUCGUGGAGAAGAGUUCCCAUUUGAUCUAGAGGAUCUAGGCAAACAAAUAGUCAAAAGUUGUCAUGGUUUGCCACUUUCCCUUGUUGUUUUGGCAGGGCUUCUUGCACAUAAGGAGAAGUCAUACCGAGAAUGGUCCAAAGUGGUAGGACAUGUUAACUGGUAUCUCACUCAAGAUGAAACCCAAGUCAAGGACAUCGUACUCAAACUCAGUUACGACAACUUGCCCAGAAGAUUAAAACCAUGUUUCCUGUAUCUUGGGAUCUUCCCUGAAGACUAUGAGAUACCUGUUAGGCAACUGCUUGAACUAUGGGUUGCUGAGGGAUUUAUACAACAAUCUGGGACCAGAUAUCCCGAGGAAGUUGCUGAAGAUUAUUUGUAUGAGCUCAUUGAACGUAGUUUGGUUCAAGUAGCACAAAUCAAGAGUUUUAGUGGAGGUGUCAAAACAUGUCGCAUCCAUGAUCUUCUUCGAGAUCUGUGCAUUUCUGAGAGCAAAGAAGACAAGCUUUUUGAAAUUUGCAUGGAUAAUAACAUUUUGGCAAGAAGACAACCUCACAGGCUAUCUCUUCAUUGCAAUGUGCCUCACUAUGUUUCUUCAAGCAACAACGACCAUUCAGUUGUACGUUCUAUGUUUUGCUUUAACCAAGACUAUCAUUUUACUCCAAGCAACUGGAAACGGCUUUUCAAAUCCUUCAAAUCUGUUCGAGUAUUAGAUUUGGGCAGCAACCAUUGUCUAAAGGUCCCUUCUAAUUUGAGUUUAUUUAUCCAUUUAAGGUAUCUAAGAAUAUACUCGCAACAUACCCGCAUCAUUCCAAAUUCUAUAUGCAUGCUUCAGAAUCUACAGACACUGGACAUAGCAGGGCCUUGUAGGAUGGUUGUCUUGAUUUCUUUCCCCAAUGGACCAUGGAAACUAAAACAACUAAGGCACUUGCAUACAAUUAGGCCCAUAUUGCUACGUGGCAACCAUCAUUCAAGAGCAGUUGCUGAAGUUAUGUGGAAUCUUCAAACCAUCUCUUCCAUUGCACUCAAUAGGCAAGUAGCAUAUCUAUUUGAGAAAGGAAGCUUUCCAAAGCUUCAAAAGUUGGGUUUGCUAAUCUCCUCAGGCAAGAAGGGGGAACUGCACACACUGUUGCCAAUCCUACAACAAUUAAGUCAUCUGAAUAAGUUACGAGUUUCCUUCCAAUGGAAGAAGUCAGAAGUGCAUUCAUCCGCAAGGAACCAUAUGGAAUGGCACAUUGGAUGCAAGCCACAUGAACUGUUACAAAGCCUGCAACAGUUAACUAGUCUGAGUUCAUUGAAAAUUAUCAAUGCUUGGGACCUUCCAACAUGUCCUGUUGCAUUUCCUCCAUGCAUUACAAAGCUAACUCUGUCAGGCAUCACUUGCAUGAAUGAGGAUGGGAUGAAUGCCAUGGGAAGUCUCACUAGACUUCGAAUUUUGAGAUUAUAUGGGGGAUAUUAUUCAAAUGAUUCCUUUGAGAUUAAUUGUUCUUCAAGUAACGGGUUCCCACAACUGCAGGUGUUUGAGAUGAAAAAGUUGAAUGUUGGUAACUGGAAAUUAGCCAAUGGUGCAAUGCCAUACCUUGAGCACUUGCUGAUCGAAUCUUGUCGACAGUUGGAUGAUCUCCCAAAUGAAUUGUGGUCUUUGAGUGCCCUGAGACAAGUGCAUGUUUUGCUACCCUCUGAAGCAUUGUCUCUCAGACUAAAAGAUAUUGAAAUGAAGGAUGGGUGUGAGCUCAUAAUCAGAGAGGGUUUGAAUCAAUAA